GUAUUUUACGGUACUCCUUCCGGCUAAAAACUUGUGCAACCCGUUCCGGCAAGUGUCCUGCGAUCCACAACAGAGAAGAACCCCAGAAGUGCCAUCGACGGGGACCGGAAAAGUUCGAUUUUCGAGGGCCCUCCUUCGGGAGGUACGUUUUUCAUUCAGGACUUCUGGAGCAGGUUUUUUUUUUCUUCUCGUUGGGGAGAGUGUGUGCGUGAGUGUGGGACAUCGAAGAAGUGCAAGAGAGGAGAGUGGUCGCGUCAUCAGCAGCAGAAAGCAAAACAGAGAGAACUGUCAAACCGACUUUCUCUCAGCAGCUCUGGAGUGACGUGAAGUUAGGUGGAAAAGAAAACAGGAAAUGGUUCCAGAUUUUUAGUCCGGGAGUUUUCGGGGUAGAUUCCUGUGCAAGGGCGGCUGGAAAUUGGUUUUCAGUGUAGAAUAAGCAUACAAGUUUAAUGUUGAUUAAAGUUGUGCGAAAAGUGUGCGAAAAUCGCUUGAAAUAUCAAAGUUAAAAAGUCAACAUUUUGACAAAGGAGGAAAAAAGUCCGGUCGAUCGACCUUCACGGUCCAGCCUCUCUGUUCGUGACCAACCUUGUGCACAAAUUGGCACUAUCAGAAAGCAAAUUAAGAGUCUGCAUUUCGAGUUGAAUCGACGUGAGCGCUGAUAAGCGGAAAGCAGAGUAUUUGCCGGCAAGGACCGAGAACCGAUGCUGCGGGGCCCUCUGGAACCUUGACCGGUGGUAAUGAGUAGUGCUAGGCCACCCCGUCUAGUGUACACGUCCUCGCGGAAGCUCCAGUCGUCGUCCCCCUCGAAGAAAGCCAAACCGGAGGACAGCGAGGAACCGCCGCCGCCGCCCCCUUCCGACAGUAUGGCUGAACCCGCGGCAGCCGUCGCUGGGGCACCACCCGACGGCGAUGAUCCCGUCCCCCCUUCGCCGGCUCCAUCCUCGGAAUCUGGGGCGCCGCCGACCAAGUUCUCCGAAGCCGACCUGCAAGCCAUCAAACUGACCAGCGACACGUUGAAGCGCAACCCAAAGAUGGACUUUAGCAAAACCGAUCUCCUGAAGCUGCUGAGUUACCUGGAGGGCGAACUGCAAGCGCGAGACGUUGUCAUCGCCGUGCUGAAAACCGAAAAGGUCAAACAACUGCUCAACACGUCGCGCUACAGCAAGUCCGCGAAUCUGAACGACCCGCACGCGGCGCUCUACCGGGACAAUCUGGCCUCGAGCGGGAACAUUGCCAGCCGGCAGUCGUCGAUUCAGGCGGCGUAUUCCGAGCACGAGAUGAGGCUUCUGAACGACCAGCGAGUUGGGGUGAAGGAGCAGAUGGAUUCGCUGGCGGCGUUGGUGAUGCAACAACGGCAAACGCAGGGCAAGAUGGUGGAGGUGCUGAAGGACGCAGAGGAUCGGUACAAGCAGGUCGUUCAAGAGCUGGAGGACGAGCGGCGGAAGCACGAACAUACUACGGCGCAGGGCGACGACAUUACGUACGGGUUGGAGAUUGAGCGGUCGCGGCUGAAGCAGGAGCUGGAGCACGAAAAGGAGACGCACAAGGCGUUGGAGAUGGAGCUGCAGAAGAUUCAGGAGCAGUUCGAGGCGGAAAAGAACCGCCAGAAGCAGAUCGUGCUGCUGCUGCUGGCCGAGCGGAAAAAGAUCAUCAUCAAGUACAUUGAGGAACGCAAACGGAGCGAGGACUUGGCGCAGAUUCUGUCCGAGGAGAAGAUGCGCGUGGACACGAUCGCCGAAGGCCUGGAGGAGGAGAGUAAAAAGUGUCUGCGGAUGGAGGCCGACUUGGAGGAGCAGACGGCGGCGUACGAGAUCGAGCGCAAGAUGCUGCACCAGAGUUUGGCCAAGGAGGAGAAGAGGAUUAAAGAGCAGGAGCUGGAGAUUCAACAGCUGCGGGCGGAACUUGAUCUGCUGCGGAAGCAGACCGGAAUCCGCCAUCCAACGGUGGCUCCACAGCUGCCAACCAAACCGGGCGGCCUGAUGCCGUCGCGGCCCUCGAUUGGCGGAGCCUCAAUCGUUCCGGGCGUAGACAGCAUCCUGGCAUCUUCUUCCGCUUCCAUGGCCGCCGCCGCUGCAGCUGGUUCUGCUUCUUCCGCCGCGGGUGUUGGGAUUUUGCCGCCAGGCGCCGCUAUGAUUAGUAGUGUGGCCACCAAGGUGGUCCAGCCGACCGCGACCGUGUCCAGUGUGCCCGUGUCCGGACCAACCACCGGAAUCGCGCGCUCGGUUUCCCCCGGCCAGUUGAUCCGCCAGACGGCCAUCUCGCAGCUGUCGAUCACGUCACCCCCGAUCGGGCUAGGUCUGGGCUCGAACCCAGCGCCGGUCGCUCCCGCACCCGAGGCCUACGCCAACACGCCACCCGGCAAGAUGGCCACCGUGCGGAAGGCGUCCUCGUCGCCGGCAACCGGAAGUCCCGCGAUCGGAUCAUCGCUGGCAGCGCUCGGAGGAAGCGUCGGAGCAGCCGGAUCGACGGCCACCGUCAAGAAAACAAUAAUUCCACCGGUCGGUGGGCGUGGCGUUCCGCCGCCGAUCCCGCCCAACAAGCCACAGAUUCCGCCAAAACUGUCCGGCACGACGGCCGCCGCCGCCGCCUCGUCCCGUAUUCCGUUUCUGAACAGUCACCAAAUAGUCGCCGCCGCCGUCAACAGUACUAGUAGUAUAUCAUCGUCAUCCUCAUCAUCAUCACUGUCUUCUCCGCUCUCAUGCUCACUGUCCCCGUCCCCGGCUCCCCCCUCCGUCGGCAGCAACAGCAACAGUUCUAGCGCUAGUAGCAGCACCUGUCCCGGAGUGGCCACCGUCAAUGCCGCCAGUAGUGGACUGCCCGCAAAUAAUCUUAUCGCAUCUUCAACAGUUGCCAACAACGUUGCUGGCCCCGGAACAGCCGCAGCUUCCGCCGCGUCCCCGGUCCCAGCCAACAUCGCCGUCCUCCCAGCCAACCCAACAGCCACAUCACAAAAUUCUGCGCCGCCAGCCGCAUCUACAUCCGUUUCAGCAACAGCAGCAGCAGCAGCAACCGCAACAGAAAUACUGACAAACAUAGCCGCCGGCGGCUGCGAAGGUGGGAUAGUGUAAAAUGAGUAAACGUGUUGGUAACUUAGGCUCCACCCCCUUCGAGAAGACCGUACUAUAACAUACAGGCCACGCCCCUUCCUGCACACUAUUACACUUGUCAGCAGCUUGCUAACAUCACACUAACACUGAGAGUCAAGUGUUGUUUUCCACGUGCUCAUCCCUUACUAAUAUACUGUUAC